CUCUCCGUACAAGUUUGUUUUAAAAUGGCGGCAGAAGCAUCGACACAGUGUUGGUUCCAUUUGAGGAAGCGCUCGUGAAAUUAGUGAGUUGGCGUCAGCGGCAAGUGCACUUGGCGAGCAAGUGCGGUUCAACACGGCGUUUGUGUGUUCACUGGCCGCAUUCCGACUGAAUUCCGGGGAAUUUAUUCGACAACAAAUGAGCUGACUUCAGUGCUGUUCGUUUGGCCGAAGCUCCGCUGAGGAGGCUGGGAGUUGAUGGUGGUGCAGCACUAGUCACAGCAUCAUCAUGGACCACUCCGGCCAGCGCCUACCUGUCACCCACCUGUAGCUUUAACCGGCAGCAUGGCCAACACGGCCCACGACACACAGGACCGGAGGGAGAACCACUGUGUUAUGCCUGGAGGAACCAUAGUGGAGAAUGGCUCUGUGGUCAAAGACCCGACGGCCUCUCACCUAAAUGAUCACAUCAGCAAUCACUGCCAUGAGGCCAGAGCGGCCACACACAGCAACGCCGUCCUGCCCAUCUACAAGCCAUCCUGCUCGCCCACUACUGUCUGUUAUAGCAGCCCACAGAAAAGUUACCCAGACCUGGAGCCAGACAACCACAGCCUGACUUCCCAGGACUCUGGUAUCCCCACUCUGGAGAUCAAUCCUCCGGAGCCCUUCCUUCACAGUCACCAAAGGCAAAGCGACGGAGGCCUUAUGCUGGAAUCAAGUCACGACACCCCCGCCACAUUACCUCUGGACAAUGGUCCCUCUGAUGGCACCACUGUACGAAAAUCCUCCACCUUUCCCCGCAGUGGCUAUGACAACAUCCGCCUCUUUAGCCCCACCCUCAGAUUAUCCUCCACCAUGGGAGCUGGUGUUGGGGGCGGAGCAUUAAACCGUAGUGAUGACAUCUCUGUGUGCAGCGUGUCAAGCAUGAGCACAGAACUGUCGGUCUCCAACGAAGACAUCCUGGAUUUCACAGUUACAUCUGACUCCAGUGCGAUUGUCACUUUGGAGACAGCCGACAGCAGCACUAACCACUUUUCAGAAGUGGUGUUGUCGUCUUCAGCGGGAACCUCCAGAGACUUAUGGGCGGCAGAAGUCAUGCAGAAAGAAGAGGAUGGGAGGCAGAGAAAAUUGGGACCACUAGCAAGUUUAUUUGCAAGGAGCCUGUUUGCCAGGAGAGUGAAGGAAAAUCAGCCUGUGGAGCAGAAGGAUCCUGGGUGGAAGCUGUUUGGGAAAGUCCCACUUCGGGAAAGCCCCCUCAAAGACCCUAAGAAAAUACAAAAGGAAUAUGAAACAAAGAGUGGCAGAGCUGGAUCUGGCAACCCAACAUCUCCGAGGCAGAGUGUGAGGAAAAACCUGGAUUUUGAGCCUCUCUCCACCACUGCGCUGAUACUAGAAGACAGACCUGCUAACCUGCCUGCCAAGCCAGCUGAGGAGGCACAGAAACACAGGCAGCAGUAUGAAGAGAUGGUGGCCCAGGUUAAGAAGAGGGAGUUAAAAGAAGCUCAGAGGAGGAAGAAGCAGCUGGAGGAUCGAUGCAAGCUUGAAGAGAGCAUUGGCACAGCAGCUCAGACCUGGAACCAAGACAUCCUGCCUAAUUGGAGUACAGUGUGUACAUCUCGACGAGUGAGGGACCUCUGGUGGCAGGGCAUCCCCCCCAGUGUCAGAGGGAAAGUGUGGAGCCUGGCUGUGGGCAACGAUCUCAACAUAACACACGAGUUGUAUAACAUCUGUCUGUCCCGGGCCAAGGAGAAGUGGAAGAGCACAGCGACACUCUUCACCGAGACUGAAAGUGAAGAUGUUGGUUCCUCAGACAGAGAGUCAAGUCUCGAGCUCAUCAAGCUGGACAUCUCAAGAACUUUCCCACAACUGUGCAUCUUCCAGAAGGGUGGGCCCUAUCACGACGUGCUGCACAGCAUUCUGGGAGCAUACACUUGCUACAGGCCUGAUGUUGGCUAUGUGCAGGGAAUGUCCUUCAUCGCUGCUGUGCUCAUCCUGAACCUGGACACAGCCGAUGCCUUCAUAGCUUUUGCCAACCUGCUCAACAAGCCCUGUCAGAUGGCCUUUUUCAGGGUUGACCACAGCCUUAUGUUGACGUACUUUGCAGCAUUUGAAGUGUUCUUUGAAGAAAAUCUACCAAAGCUAUUUGCACAUUUCAAGAAAAACAACUUGACACCUGAUAUUUAUUUAAUUGACUGGAUCUUCACUCUGUAUAGCAAGUCGCUGCCGUUGGACCUGGCGUGUCGAGUGUGGGAUGUGUUCUGCAGAGAUGGUGAAGAGUUCCUGUUCCGCACGGCUCUGGGAUUGCUUCGCCUCUACCAGGAUGUCCUGACCAGCAUGGACUUCAUCCACAUGGCUCAGUUCCUCACCCGCCUGCCUGACCUCAUCCCUGCCGACCAGCUCUUCCAGCACAUUGCUGCUAUUCACAUGACCAGCCGCAACAGGAAGUGGGCACAGGUCUUGCAGGCGCUGACGGAGCAGAAGAGAUCGGGAGCGAGGUUGCCCGGUGCUGAAGCGUUGAGCUGAGAUCAGAACAUAACCAGCUCAAGCUAAAGUACUCAAUCAGACCCCCUCCAGCCUUUGGAAAAGCCUACACUCUUGCCCAAGCUGAUGGACCUGAGAGAGAUCUUCUGUCAGGUUGGGGACACGUCCAGUUGAGGCUGCAGUGAUAAAGCUCUUCUCCAGAGGCAUGCCACUCCUCCGACUGGAACCAGAACACUGGAGGGGGUCUCAGUGACUGAGCAGGGGUGUGAAAAAGGAAUAUGAGGCCUUAUUUAACUUCCAGCACCCCUCCUCUGCUCAGAGGCCCAGCAGCAAACUGGAAACUUGUAGCUGGGAAAGGCUGAAGAAUGUAACACACACUCCCACAUAUAUGAACCUACCCGACUGACUCAGUUCCCCAGAGACUGAAGGAAACCACAGAGAUACCAGAUACUACAUCAACUCCUUCACUGCUGCCAGCUCUCAGAUCCUUUCUGUUUGAUUCGGCAAAUGAAGCUUAAAUGUGUCUACAGCAAUGUUCAUCUCCGUAGUCAAAUCUGUAAACGACAUAAAUAUGUGAGGGGGUUCCUAGCUGUCUCUGUGCGUCUCCUUCUGCGUAGCGGCACCUUUUUUCCACUCAAGUUAAUUUUUCUCACAUUCCUUUGUGUCCUCCAUGUUUUUAUUUCCUUUUGUUCUGAGUUUGCUUUUCAUUGGCUUGUAAUCAGGGCCAAAUUGUCACCUUAGCUGUUCCAUGAAGACAACUCUUCUGAACAGGGGGAGUUUUGUAGGUUAUAAUCCAUGAAGGUAUGACACAAAUGCACAUAAGAAAAUGUGGUGUGUUUGAGAGCACCGCGUUACAGUUUUAGUUCAUUAGAAGAGGUCAGAAGCUGCCUGUGUCAGCGAGACUGGAAUAAAUGAGGUAAAGUGUUAGAUGUGGAUUUCCCCUGUAUUUAAUAUAUUUGUGGUACAUUAAUUUGCAUUAAUUAAUUAGCUUGUUUUUGUUAUGAUUUCAGAUGUGUUGGUGUGAGUGUGAAGUCUUUUGUUCAUUUAUUUAGUAUAUUUAAGAAAAGGAUGGAUUUGGUCCAGACAAAUGAAGGGUUGUCGUUGAGCUUCUGUCUGCACAUUUGGAGCACUUUUAAUCUCUUUUUAAACACAUUCUAGAUUGCAGGCUGUAACUUGAGGGGCUUUGCACGCAUUUGGCUGCAUAAUUUGCGUGAAUAUGAAAGAUGAAAAAAACCAUCUUUUUGGACAAUAGCAAUCACUUCACUGAUAACGACAAAGUUCAAAUACUCUGAAUGGUUCAGAACUUUCCACUGUAGUUAUUUGACUUUGCAUCCAUCCUGGUACACUGUCCCCACCGGCAGUUGCCCUGAUUGCAUGUUUUUUAGUCAUUCCUGGCAGCAGAGCGCUUCAGAGUCUUGACCCUGAGUUCUCAGGCUUAGUGAGGUACUAGUCCAGUUUAUUUAAAAAAACUGUAGAGCUAGAAGGCUGUUUCUACGUGUCCACAAACAUCUGUGAUAGGAUCUAUUUAAAGCUAAAAAGCUGAUGAUUGUGUUUGUUUUGGCGGAAGACACUUGUGUAUUCAGUGUGCUCUGAGCGGUGCAAGAUCAGAGCAGAAUAUAGUACAACUUCCAUUUUGACAGUCUCAUGCUUCGCCAACCAUCCAAACCACAGAAAUUUGGGUCAGUUUGAAGCUGAAUUAAUCUUUGCUCUAUGCACAGGUUUGAGGUCUGUGCACGGCGCGUGUGGUCAAAGCAGGAUUUCCAGGGAGCAAUCUAAAAGUACUAACCACACUGGCCAAUGAAAUUAACUUUGAAGCAUUAAGAUGUGGAGACUCUGAGGAGUGUGCAGUCAGCUGUUGAUGGUUUUUACUUUCAAGGCUCGCUAUGCAGGAGUUUUGUUGUUGCUGUUUGCAUCGUGGGUCUGUCGUCCUUGGCUUAAAAGUAUUUUUUUCAAUUGCCAUCUGUGAAAUUUAACCAAAACCUUCACUUUUUUAAAUCAAGUGGCUGGGCUUUUCCACCCGGCUGUCAUUGUACAUUCUUAGUGACGUGCCUGGUGGACUCGCUGCACCAUCUCGAGGUACAAAUUUGGCUUUUCGUGAAAGAGCGGGACAACCCAGGUUUGGUUCCAGGUAAUUUAUGUGACAAAUUAAGGAUGAAUGGUUUGGGCAUAAAGUUUAAAUAGCUACACCGCAACAUACGGUGGGUCGUAAGUGGUUGAUCAGAGAGAUUCCUAAAGUUUAAAAUCCUGCAUAGAUGGCCUUUAAUUACUUGCAUUAGCUGUGUGUGUAAACGUCACUGUUGCAGCUGUAGUUAUUGACUGUUGGUCAGAUUACUAGCCUGCAGCAUCACUGUAACCAUCUUACCCGUCAUGUUGUGGUGCCCCUCAGUUUUAAAUCCUCCACUCUGGAGCAAAGUGCAGUAUAACAGAGAUUUCUUACUUUGGUUUAAAGAUUUGCUGCUUUUUUGUUUUGUGGGGGCUUUAAAUUGGUUGUUUUAUAGAGUUUUUAUUAGGGUAGCAGAUCUGAUUAUUUGAUAAUAGAAGCAAUAUUUAGUUAGAGCCCUACACAAAGUUGGAAGAAGGAAGCGGAUUGUUGGAUAUUGAGCGUUACACAGCCUGCAAAUCUCUACUUUUAGUUUUUCAUCAUGAGAUGACACAGAUUGUGUUGUCUUUUGUGUCACAGUGGCAUAGUGGAGAGAGAUCUGGCCUAGAUCUGCUAACUGCUGCGUGUGUCAGGGUAUUGUGGCUGCUUAAAGUUGAGGUUGUCACUAAGUUGAGGCCUUGACACUGCAUUCACACUGUGGUUAUUGUGUCACUCCAUCCUCACCAGUAGUGGGCGGAGCCAAUGCUACGUUGAUUGGAUACACUGUGCAAAGUCAACACACUGCAUUUCCUGAUCUGAUCUUUGUUUUGUGACAGUGAUGACUUUGAAAGCCCAUUGUGCACAAGCGUCAUCAGAGGAAUGAAAGGCCGAUGUAUGAGGAAAUGUCUCGUCGUUCCUUGUGAAACUGCUUCACGUGCUGUGUUGUGCUGCUGAAUUUGUGUGUGAUGGAGUUCCAGUCGGUCUUUCCUGUUAUAUUAGUGAACUCAAUCUCUUAACCCUUAGCUGAGGCUGUGCUUUCUUAAAUCCCUGGACAUUAGCUGAAGUAGAACGUUCAGUCUGGGCUUUAAAAACAGGAAGACUCCUUUCGUUUUGUAAUUCAUCAUCGUCUCAGCCACAUGGCCGCUGAAAGGGCGCCUGCUGUGUUUUUGACUCAGCACCGUGCAAUACUAUGUCUGAUCAUUCUUCUAAAUGCACCCCCUCCCCCACUGUGGUGAAACACUGCAGGACUGCAGCUAAAGCUUUUUGCAAGCCAUACGUGCAAGCCUUUGAGUUGUGCCUCUGAUCGUCUCGUGGUUAAAAACGGGUUGUUGAUUUUCGUGUUAUUUCUCCACCUUUUUUAGGUAGCUGUUUGCAAACUGUAGUGUGUGUCUGUAUGUGUAUGUCUUGUUUGUGUGGUUAAGUGGUAUCUUCACAAUUAGACCUGUUAGUUACCAAUUAAUUGUUACAUUUAAAGCUGGCCUGGGUAUCAGCUCUACCUGUCAACACUACCGUUUGAUCCUUUGUGGUCAAAAAGAUUCAAACUAAAUUGGGUUGAAAGAUAUUUUAGAUGAUGUACCAUUGCUUGAUAAUCAUGUUGAUUUGCUGGGUGUUCUCAGUCGUUUUGCAUUGUCUGACUUGUAUUCCUUUUUUUCCAAGAGACCUGUGUACUGUAGAGGACUGAUAGAUAUACAUGGAGACAGCAGAAGGUCACCGCGCAACUGUUUCUCACUUGAAAUGUAUAUAAAUGAUGGUUUUAUUAUAAUAAAAAGAUGUACAUAUUCAACCAGGA